AUGUGGUUGAGCAGAGUGCUGGAGAUCCUGCCUGGCCUGUACAUUGGCAACUUCAAAGAUGCCAGAGAUGCAGAGCAAUUGAGUAAAAACAAGGUGACACAUAUUCUGUCGGUCCAUGACAGCGCCAGACCUCUGCUGGAGGGCGUUAAAUACCUGUGCAUCCCAGCAGCAGAUUCACCAUCUCAAAACCUGACCAGACAUUUCAAAGAAAGUAUUAAGUUCAUCCACGAGUGCCGGCUGAAAGGGGAGGGCUGUCUUGUGCACUGCCUGGCCGGUGUCUCCAGGAGCGUGACCUUGGUGACAGCGUACAUCAUGACCAUCACUGACUUUGGCUGGGAAGACGCUUUGCACACCGUGCGCGCAGGUCGAUCUUGUGCCAACCCCAACCUGGGUUUCCAAAAGCAACUGCAGGAGUUUGAGAAGCAUGAAGUCCACCAGUACCGGCAGUGGCUGAGAGAAGAGUAUGGAGAGAGCCCUUUGCAGGAUGCAGAAGAAGCCAAAACCAUUCUGGCCUCUCCUGGAAUUCUGAAAUAUUUGGACUUCCUCAGAAGAGUGUAAUGUACCGGAUACUGCUGAGAGAUUGGAAAGCAACAGUGUUUAGGCUCAUGCUGCUAAAAACCUAGAGUUGAUUUUUCAGUGCUCAUUGGGGACUUGUAAACUGCUUCUUUUUCCAUUUUAAAUUGUGUGCAUGAGCAUCAUGAUGUCAGUUGUUGAGAACUAGCUCUUAACAAGCGAAGCUGUUUUUUCAUUUGUACCUUAACCCUGCCGCCUGGGCUGCCUCCUUUGCCUCCUGAGGACUGUCUGUUCAGUGACUGUUAGGGAUGGAGAUGGCUUGUCGUGGGCAGGCAGCCGUCAGGGGUGGCAGGCCACAGUUCCAUGGAUUGUGCAUGUGCCAUUUGGCUCUGGGGUGUGUGUUACCCGGGGUUUGUGUCUUUCAGGGUGGAAUUUACCAAGAGCUACGCAUUUCUGUUAAUAAAGGGCAACUUGGCCAAAUUUGA